GGGGGCGGGGCCUGCCCGGCGGGGACCGCUGCCCACCGUGCUGUGCCAGCCUCUCCGCGGCGGCGGCCUCCGAGGCGCGGGAGGCGCGAGGCGGGCGGGAGGGGCCGGCAGUCCUGAGGCUCUCGGGAGGGCGUCCGUCUCCCCGCCCUGGGCUUUUAGGGAGAAGUCGGAGUGCACCAAAGCAGACCCAUCCCGGACACACACAGGGCGAGGCAUACCCGGUGCCCUGGGGCGAUGGGAAGCCACUGCGGUGGUGGCUAAGGGGUUGGAGGAGCCCGGUCCGGACUCAAGGAGCCUUGAAUGUCGAGACAGGCCCGGUGCCAGGGAGGUGGUGACAGACCUGCAGGAGAGGGCCUCUUUGCGGAUAGAGUAGGGCUAGAAGUUCAGAGACGGUGGUCACAGCCCGCGGAGACACCGCGACCCUCUAACCAGAGCUCCGGGACCGGAAGAGGUGGUGCCCCCGGCCUCAGGCCCCCAGCGUCUCCUCACUACACCGCCCGGUCGCCUUGCCUCCACGGGGCCAGGCCCCAGCCCACGCUGCCUGCCUCCCCUGCAUGGGGCCCUGCAGCCACCCACGCCUGGGGCUCCCUGGGUCGGAGUCGUCCUCCCAGCCCCCCAAGAGGAGGAAGAAGAGAUACCUGCGGCAUGACAAGCCCCCCUACACCUACUUGGCCAUGAUUGCCUUGGUGAUCCAGGCCGCACCCUCCCGCAGGCUGAAGCUGGCCCAGAUCAUCCGUCAGGUCCAGGCCGCGUUCCCCUUCUUCAAGGACGACUACGAGGGCUGGAAGGACUCCAUCCGCCACAACCUCUCCUCCAACCGCUGCUUCCGCAAGGUGCCUAAGGAUCCGGCGAAGCCCCAGGCCAAGGGCAACUUCUGGGCCGUCGACGUGAGCCUGAUCCCAGCCGAGGCGCUGCGGCUGCAGAACACGGCCCUGUGCAGGCGCUGGCAGAGCAGAGGCGCGCGGGGCGCCUUCGCCAAGGACCUGGGCCCCUACGUGCUGCACGGCUGGCCUUACCGUCCGCCCAGCCCCCAGCCGCCGCCCAGCCCCCAGCCGCCGCCCAGCGAGGGCUUCAGCAUAAAGUCUUUGCUGGGGGACCCCGGGGAAGGGGCAGCCCGGGGCAGCCCGGGGGAGGAGGGGGUGCGCACUCCCCCCCUGCCCUGCGAGCAGCCUCCGUGGCCGCCCUGCCUGCUCACCGGGCCCAGGAGAGCAGAUGGGGAGGCUUCCCAGGGGGGGACCAGCAGGCCCCCACCCCUUUCCCCUGAGCACAGAGCCUGGCCUCUCCACUUACUGCAGGCUUCCCCAGACCCCGGGGGGCUGCCCGGUGGGAGUCACAGGCCCUCACUCUGGGGGCAGCUGCCCACCUCCUACUUGCCCAUCUACACUCCCAAUGUGGUAAUGCCCCUGGCUCCACUACCACCCGCAUCCUGUCCCCAGUGCCCACCUUCAACCAGCUCAGCCUACUGGGGGGUGGCCUCUGAAACUCACGGCCCCCCAGGGCUGCUCUGGGAUCUCGAUGCCCUCUUCCAGGGGGUACCACCCAACAAGAGCAUCUAUGAUGUAUGGGUGAGCCACUCCCGAGAUCCAGCUGCCUCCACCCCUGGCUGGCUACUCUCCUGGUACAGCCUGUGAGGCUCCCGGGGCAGGGGCGGCUUUCUUCUAACCUUCCUGCCACCACUGACUUGUUGGGGAACCACGGCCAAGAGGUCCAGGAGGUGUCUGUGGCCGCAGCAGCCCUGAAACACCAGGCACCAGCGGUGCUGAG